GAAUUGCUCGCUCCAUUACAAUCUUAAGGGACCACUGUCUCAUAUGCAGUUGACCUAAAGUUCGUUAUGCACCUUCGCAUAUUGCAUCCCCUGCUUUCAGAUGGGUUGCGCAGCUUCCACAACACUGGAAAAGAACAACAGCACUCUGCAGCUCGUCGUCAAACCAUUCCUCGGCACGAAGAGAGCCAUACGACGAAUUGAUAAGUCCCGCCCCUCUCUGACGGCUGACAUCCGCAGGGUGGUGCAGCAGUCCUGGUACCGCCUUGUGGAGCACCGCAGUCUGGACCAGCUGGGUAUUCCAGUCUUUCUGGAGAUCUUCCACCUCACCCCUGCUGCCAAGAAACUCUUCCACUACUCAGAGAAGACGACCAUAGAGGAACUGGAAGGCGACCGACGGUUGCGCGAGCACGCCACGCGCUUCAUGAACGCCGUGGGCGCCGUGGUCGACAACCUAGAUAAGAAGAACAGCGACGACCUGGACGUCAUGCUACGUGAGAUGGGCGCCGACCACACCAACAUCAGCACCUUUAACCAGGUUUACUGCGUCAUCUUCAGGGAGGCGCUGCUCAGUGUGUGGGAGCGGAACCUCGGCAAGGCGCGCUUCCGGGGCGAGCUGAAGAACGCCUGGCGCGCGCUCAUCACCUACAUGAUGGAGGUCAUGCGCGAAGGUUACGACCUUCAACUGGACACUCUAGCCGAGGGUCGGCACAACACUUUGAAAGAAACUGAUGAGGAUGUGCUGCCUGGGCCCGCUUCACACGGAUUAUUAACACAGUAGAUAUAUAUGUCGUCUGCUCAUCUUCAAAUGGAAAUAUUUAUUGACCAUGUGGUGCGAAGCGUUCAUGCAAUGCUUAUCUUCAUUUGUGCAUAAAAACUGCUUAGGACUGUAAAAACUGUAGCCUAGUCCUUUUAACACUCAACUCUCCUUCGGAAGCUCUCGAAUGAUAUUUAGCUGUCCUAUCGUUCAUAGACCUCGACAAUACCCACUAAUUGUCUUUUGUUUUUAUUUCUUUUUUUAGGAGAGGAUGGAGACUGCUCCUGUUUGUGUUCCUGUGCGCUUCGUUUCGUUUUUCUUUGAAUAGCGAUAUGACUCCAGGGAUGACGAUAGAUAACUGCCAAAGACGGAUGACAUAAGUGAUGGCGUCUUUUAUAUGGCGUCGGAUAUAGCCAUUAACCAUGGCAACAUUCCUCUAAAUGGCAGGAAACCAAACGCACAUUAUUUUACUUUUGUGAUAUUUAUUGUGCAACUUAACAUCCAUUAUGCAU